AUGGGAAUACUUCGCGGGCUCAUCGAAAGCCUUUCGUCUGCGAAUCGUCACGUGUCGAUACGUCGCUCCCGUUCCGACCCGCGGCCAGACCGUAUCACCGUCUCGCUCUUCCACUAUAAAUACGCGCCUCGUUCGGCCGGCGACCCGGGCGUUGACCUGCCAAAAUUCUCGGGGGUCAACGAACGACCGAGCGAAGUUGAA